GACACUUACUGGUGGAUGUGGGGAGCAUCCCAGUACAACCACAGUCUUCUACUGGUGGACACUGGUAGCUGUCAUUUAAUAACGGUUACCAGGCUGGUCCAAUACAAACGUCAUUUAAUAACGGUUAACGGUUGGGAGAGGCCUCAACGUAUCAUUACAACGCAACAGAAUGGCGACCUGUUCAACCACCUGUGAGGAGGGGGGCGGGGACCCCCGGAGGUAAACCCGUCGACCUGCACGAUGACAUCAUCUAUAAGGCAGCAGCACGAGCGGCAGGAUGCUGUUGGAUGGGGGGGGGGGGGGGGGGUAGGUCGCUAGCUACAUCACACCACAUACAUCUUCUCACGCGCAAGCCCGCAUGGACGCACGUACGCACUCUUCCCUCCCUUGCGCCGCUCCAGGGUGUACACCGCCGUGCACGUGACACAGCUUAUCCUCUUUCACGCGCUCCCAGUUCGGUUCCGUCUCGCGGGAGAGAGGACGCUCGUUCAUCUGUGCGGAUGGGGCGCGUGUGUCUGGCCAGUUAUCACCUUUAUCCAACCACCGGUUACCUUGGAAACGAGACAUAGGUCAGGUGAGUAAAGGAGGGCUACUAUGUGGUGAUCCCCGACGGCUCCCGAGGCGCUCGGAGAUCCACCGUAUCCAGGGCGAUGCACGGCGGCCGACCGGACAUGAUCUCCGGGGCAGCUGUUACCGACCAGGAGCGACGACCGGUGUCACGUGCGCAGAGCUGGCCGUCCGUCCUCAACUUUGUCAGAGUGCCAUACCGUCACCACGUCACGGGGCGUAGCGGGGGGUAGGGGGGGACACGACACGUCUACCGGGGGGCGGUGAGGCUCGCGGCUCCGUCGCUUCGGUGGGGGAACAGCGUCGCGUGAGCAUCUAUGCGAUUGCGUGUCGGCUCUGAAUCUCACGAUGAGCGCCGAGGAGGGAGAGGCGGGAGAGACGGGCCCUGCCACAGGGGGAGAGGAGCCGCGGGAGGGCUGCACGACGACAACUGGCGCUACGGGGGAAUACCCGCGAGGACGCCCACGCGACGUGGACGAACCGCGCGAAGGGUCUGGUGGGAAUGAACCGGCAGGGGAACCGGAGAGCGACGGGGAGGACGAGGAUCGGGAAGAGGAGGAGGACGAGGAGGAGGGCGCGAUGGGGGGUCGUCUUUGCGGGGACAAGUCCCCUGCCGCCCUGCACUCCAGCAGCAGCAGCGAGUCCUGUAUCCCUACGCCAAGCUGCCGGAUCUGCUUCCAGGGCGCCGAACAGGGCGACCUGCUGAACCCGUGCCGCUGCGACGGCUCGGUGCGCUACACCCACCAGACCUGCCUGCUGAAGUGGAUCAGCGAGCGCGGCUGCUGGAGCUGUGAGCUCUGCUGCUACCACUUCAACAUCCUGGCCAUCACCAUGAAGAGGCCCUGGCAGUGGCAGAGCAUCAGCAUCACGCUGGUGGAGAAGGUCCAGAUGGUGGCUGUGUUCCUUGGCUCGCUGUUCCUCAUGGCCUCCAUCACCUGGCUGCUGUGGUCGGCACUCAGCCCCCAGGCCCUCUGGCAGCGUCGCGACGUGCUCUUCCAGAUCUGCUAUGGCAUGUACGGCUUUAUGGACCUGGUCUGUGUCGGCCUCAUCGUGCACGAGGGCGCGGCCGUGCACGGUGUCUUCCUGCGCUGGCGGGCGGUCAACCUGCACUGGGACGUCCGCAGCUACGACAAGGCGGCGGACCUGGAGGAGAGCAGUGCGGGGGGCCCCGCCGCCCCCCUCGUCCCCCGGACUCUCUGGCUGCCCCUGGGCCCCCUGGGGGAGAGGCCCCUGCAGACCUCCGAGCUGGCCCCCAACAGCCCCUGGAGCUGCCCCUGCUGGCCCUACCUCUGCCCGUGCGGGGCGGGGCCCGGCGGG